GAGGGUGCAGGCAAAACUACUCUGGAGGCUUUUGCAGCUUCACUGGCUGUGUUGGAACAGGUUGGAAAAUUCGACGAAGAUGGGAUGCUUUCUAGAGAUACCACAUGGAUCGCUUUCAGCAAGAAUGUCACAGCAGAGCUAGUGGAGAAGGGCCCGACACUGCACCAGGCAGCGCAGCCGACAGUGGCCAUGGUCCUUUCUUUGGAACUUUUCUUGAAUGAUGGUGAUCGACCGAAGUAUGCACGAGCAAUGGCGUUUGUUGCACUUGUGAUGCUUUGGGGAAGCAUGAGGGCAGGUGACAUCCAAUGCAUGCGCCCAGAGAGCAUGCGCCUCACCAUUGAGGGAUUCAGCUGCAAGUUGUGGAAGACCAAGACCACGGGGCCAGAUAGAAGGGUGAACAUGGUCCAGGUCUUCAUUUCACGCAAGGCUGGCUUCUCAGGGACUGACUGGCUUCAGAAUGGCAUGAGGCUGUGGUCUGAAAUUGAUGUGCGUCGAGAUUUCCUGGUUUUACAGGCAGCUGAAGAUUGGGAGACAUGCACUGACAGAGGGGUUGAUGCUUCGACAGUGGCGCUGUACUUGCGAAAGAUUUUCAAGGAGCUCUGCACCCCGCGGUGGCACGAGGGCCAGUGGAAGCAAAACGCUGAUCGCUUAUUGCUGCCAGGGGAGUGUGCCUUGCAUUUUGCAGGGCAUUCAGCGAGAAAUUUCUUGGCGUCCGUGGGGGCCGCCAUCGGGGGUUAUGUGGAGGCCGAUGCCUUGGAUGCUUUGCAAGCGUUUGCUGAGCAGAGGGGCGAGGUCGGUGCA